CCGGGGACUGCGGUAUUUGCCGGGGAGGGGGCUGUCGCCUCCCCGGCCCCGGGCGCCGCUGGAACCGCGGAGCCGGAGAGAGACUGAGAAGGCUGCGGCUCGGCCGCGGAGCCGGGAGCGCCGGGGGCGGAGAGAAGCGGCCGGGGCGGCGCUGGCUGCGGAGGCCGCGGCGGGAGCGCAGCGGCGGGAGCCCGAGGCUGAGACUCACCGGAGGGAGCGGCGCGAGCGCCCCGCCAUCGUCCCGUGUUAUAGUUUUGCUGCUGGACUCUUCCCUCCCUCCCCCCACCCCAUCAGGAUGAUAUGAGACUUGAAAGAAGACGAUGCAUACAGGUGACUCAAGUUUUGAAAUACAGUAAAGCUAUGGCUGUCUGAGCGAAUGUGGGAACUGGUGCUGUAUUUUGAAUGUGGGUGCUUUCUGAUAAACAUCGUAGUGGGGGGAAUUAUAUUUAGAUCGAUAAAUACAAAGAUAGUUGUGAUAUUUAAUAAACUUGACUUUGGGAAUCUGUUUGAUAUUAGUGACUGGGUAGUGUGGUAUUAACACAAGUACAGCAUAGUAAUUGCUAGUACUUGACUUUUUCAGAAGUGGUUGGUUGGCUAAUACUUUGGUAAAAUUGAAGCGCUUCUGUCAAAAACAAAAAAAUAUUCACCUUUAUGGUUGAAUGCAUGUUUCCUUCAGCUCCCCAUUAGGAUUGAGCACAUCUUUUAAGGGCAUACGGAGUAGGUGUUCGUGUAUCUAAAUUCAGACUGACAGUUAAAGUAAGGAUAUUAUACCCAUAUGUAUGAUUCCUUGGAAAAAUAAAGUCUGGGAUUUUGUUAUUUUCUUCCCUUGUUCCCUCCUUCAUCCUUUCCUCCAGCCCUCUCUCUUUCUCUUCUUCCUUCCUUCUUUCCUUUCAUCCUUUUGUUAUUUGUAUUUACAUGGGAGAAGCAGUAUAAAGGCAUUUUUGAAAGAGUAUUUUUGAUUGAGUUAUUAAUUGAGGUGAUCUUAUUAAUGGAAAAUGGAAAAAUGGAGGCUAGCCCAUCUAUGGCUGUGUUCACACUCUUGAAACUACAGGGUGGCUGAUGGAUAAAGUGGUAAUUUUUAAACUUGUAUAUUCUUUAAAUCACACUGAUUGUGAGGCUUUUUGUUGAACCAAGUGCCUUGUAUUUAUAGACUUUGUCAGGAUAGUCUUAUUGGAUUAUAUUUAUAAACUGUUUGAAAAUGUGGUCUUUAACUGGGAAAGAAGUAAUGACAUAAACCUUACAUAGAGAUUUAAUUGCAUUAUUGGUGUAGCUCUUAAAGUUUUUGUGACUGGUUUUUGUUUUUGGUGAUCUAUGCUUUCUAAAGGAAAAAAAUUACCUUUUUGACUUUAGAGUGGGAUUCAAAAAAAUGUCUCUACUAUUUUGAAUGAAGAAAUGUGUUUUGAAUAUAUUUUUAAAUGAAAUUGUAGAUGAAAUAAUGUUUUACAUUAAUGCGGGAUUCACAGAAUCUUCUGGUAAUUCUUUUUUAAGUAAAAGGUGACUGGGUAAUCCUCUUUGAUCCAUCUCUCAGACGAGCGCCCUAGAGCUGCCCCGUGUACAACACGUUCUGGCUGAGGGGCUCGUAAAGUCAACGUGGUGCCGAGGCUGAGUGUCACUGUCCUAGAGAAAUGAGUAGGAAUAUUUACGGAGAAAAAACUUUAGAAUUUGAUGAAAAUAUUGUUGUCCGAUUUUAUAAGUUUGACCUUUUGGUGCCGGAACAGUUUUCAGCACUGUCGGCCCGCGGAUUGCUCGUCGGGCACCAUAGGGCACAUUGGCUUUCCCAAGUAGGUGUUCACUUUCAACCAAGGUCAGUAGAGACACCAAGCAUUUGUGGGAUAUCUCCUGGAUUUAUCCAUGAAUAGUUAAUGAUUUUGGUUGGAGGUGUUCUUGCAUGAAAUUUUGAGGUCGUGGCAAAGUUGCUCUUUUCUUUCUCCUUUAAUCUCUAUGAGAUACAAAGGGUUCCCAAGCAGACCUUUUUCUUGAAAGGCUUAUGGAUGGCAUGAGGUGUCUAAAGAGUAAAAACAGUUUAUUAUAAAGGUUACCUAGUCACUUUUAUGAAUGCCGGAACACAAAAAUUCUACGAAGAUUCGAUUUAUGAUCUAAUGCGGGCUCUCUCAUUUGGCCCGUGUUCUUUAAAAGGUAUCAACACUUAGCGGCUUAUGAGGGGAAAAACUCAAGCAGGAAGAUCUGGCUUUCUCUACAUAUGUAUUAGCUGUUGCUGUAAUUCCCUUUUAAUGACUUAAAGGUUAGUAAUUGUUUUUGACAACGAAAUUAGCAGCUGUCCUGAUCAUCAUUAAUUAAGGCAGCAGUCACUCUUGUGUUCCUGUGCACACAUUUUAUUGUACUUCACCUGAUAGAACUUGACCACACAAACGCUCACGAGGAGUUCUUCCGUGAAAGCUAUUUCUGGAAUGCUGCUGCAUACUCGAAAGUGGGUGUUCUGUUCUCCCUAGGCUUUCAUGGCACUGACUCUCUCUGUUGGUUAGAUGCUACGAUGCCCUGCUCUGUCAUCCCACUUGGGUGGUUAGGUGUGGGUCCAGAGCUGCUAGAAAGUGUGUUGAACUAGGUGUUGACUGAUGAUUCGUCUUUCAAAAGCAAAGGCUUUAAUAAUAGAUUUUUCUUGAGCACCAAGCUAAAGUCCAACUUUGAUGCACCUCUGGUACUUGUGUAUAUGGGUGUUCUCAUACCCUUUAGAUUUGAGGGUCUUUUUGCAUAUUUAAAAAUAAGACUAUAAAUGAAGUAAAAUUGAAUUGUUUUUAAAUUUGGGGAUAUCUGUGGCCAAACAACUGUUGGGCUCACGUUUGCCUUGUACCGGGUACUGUAACGUACCGUGAUAGGUGGCCUGCCCACAAGGAUCCCUGUGCCUAGAAGCUAAUGGCACCGUUCAGUUGGGGAAGUGGGAAGAUAUGUAAACAAACGCUGCAGUGGAUAUUUGUCAUCAGUUCUUGAAACUUCUGUAUUGAAUUCAAGGCAUCUAGAGUAAAAACAGAAAGCUCUCUUUGGUUAACAGCAUUCACAGUACUUGGCCCUCACCUGACCCCCACGUGCCGACAUUUCGCGAAUCUCCUUUGGUGUCCUACUCCUUUCUCCUGAGCUCCAGACUCCCGUGGCUGCCUCCUGGCUGUCUGUUCUGCGCACAUCCCUGCCCUCCCAUUCGUUCCCGUUAGAGAUGAGUGACAGUCUACCCAAGCACACCGUCCUCCUCGGAGCCUCGGAGCAUUCUUUAUCCUUUUGAAUUAAGAGGAGGAGAGACUUCAGCAUGCAAACCUUCAUCUGUUCGGCUCGCACCGUCAUUUUCAUUCCAUGCUGCUGGCCUUCAGAUGGCUGGACAGAUGCCCCAUUCACAUCAGUACAGUGACCGUCGCCAGCCAAACAUAAGUGACCAACAGGUUUCUGCCUUAUCUUAUUCUGACCAGAUUCAGCAACCUCUCACUAAUCAGGUGAUGCCUGAUAUUGUCAUGUUACAGAGGCGGAUGCCCCAAACCUUCCGUGAUCCAGCAACUGCUCCCCUGAGAAAACUUUCUGUUGACUUGAUCAAAACAUAUAAGCAUAUUAAUGAGGUUUACUAUGCAAAAAAGAAGCGAAGACACCAACAGGGCCAGGGAGACGAUUCUAGUCAUAAGAAGGAGCGGAAGGUUUACAAUGAUGGUUAUGAUGAUGAUAACUAUGAUUAUAUUGUAAAAAACGGAGAGAAGUGGAUGGAUCGUUACGAAAUUGACUCCUUGAUAGGCAAAGGUUCCUUUGGACAGGUUGUAAAAGCAUAUGAUCGUGUGGAGCAAGAAUGGGUUGCCAUUAAAAUAAUAAAGAACAAGAAGGCUUUUCUGAAUCAAGCCCAGAUAGAAGUGCGACUUCUUGAGCUCAUGAACAAACAUGACACUGAAAUGAAAUACUACAUAGUGCAUUUGAAGCGCCACUUUAUGUUUCGAAACCAUCUCUGUUUAGUUUUUGAAAUGCUGUCCUACAACCUCUAUGACUUGUUGAGGAACACCAAUUUUCGAGGUGUCUCUUUGAACCUAACACGAAAGUUUGCACAACAGAUGUGCACUGCACUGCUUUUCCUCGCGACUCCAGAACUUAGUAUCAUUCACUGUGACCUAAAACCUGAGAAUAUCCUUCUUUGUAACCCCAAACGCAGUGCAAUCAAGAUCGUUGACUUUGGCAGUUCCUGUCAGUUGGGGCAGAGGAUAUACCAGUAUAUUCAGAGUCGCUUUUAUCGGUCUCCAGAGGUGCUACUGGGAAUGCCUUAUGACCUUGCUAUCGACAUGUGGUCCCUUGGGUGUAUUUUGGUUGAAAUGCACACUGGAGAACCUCUGUUCAGUGGAGCCAAUGAGGUAGAUCAGAUGAAUAAAAUAGUGGAAGUUCUGAGUAUUCCACCUGCUCACAUUCUUGACCAAGCACCAAAAGCAAGAAAGUUCUUUGAGAAGUUGCCAGAUGGCACUUGGAACUUAAAGAAGACCAAAGAUGGAAAACGGGAGUAUAAACCACCAGGAACCCGUAAACUUCAUAAUAUUCUCGGAGUAGAAACAGGAGGACCUGGUGGGCGUCGUGCUGGGGAAUCGGGUCAUACCGUGGCUGACUACUUGAAGUUCAAAGACCUCAUUUUAAGGAUGCUUGAUUAUGACCCCAAAACUCGAAUUCAACCUUACUAUGCCCUGCAGCACAGUUUUUUCAAGAAGACAGCUGACGAAGGUACAAACACAAGUAACAGCGUGUCCACGAGUCCCGCGAUGGAGCAGUCGCAGUCCUCCGGAACCACCUCCAGCACGUCCUCCAGCUCAGGUGGAUCGUCGGGGACGAGCAACAGUGGGAGAGCCAGGUCAGACCCGACGCACCAGCACCGGCACAGCGGCGGGCACUUCACAGCUGCCGUCCAGGCCAUGGACUGUGAGACUCACAGUCCCCAGGUGCGUCAACAAUUUCCUGCUCCCCUUGGUUGGUCAGGCACUGAAGCUCCUACACAGGUUACUGUUGAAACUCAUCCCGUUCAAGAAACAACCUUUCAUGUAGCCCCUCAACAGAAUGCAUUGCAUCAUCACCAUGGAAAUAGUUCCCAUCACCAUCACCACCACCACCACCACCACCACCACCACGGACAACAAGCCUUGGGUAACCGGACCAGGCCAAGGGUCUACAAUUCUCCAACGAAUAGCUCCUCUACCCAGGAUUCUAUGGAGGUUGGCCAUAGUCACCACUCCAUGACAUCCCUGUCUUCCUCAACUACUUCUUCCUCUACGUCCUCCUCCUCUACCGGUAAUCAAGGCAACCAGGCCUACCAGAAUCGCCCGGUGGCUGCUAACACCUUGGACUUUGGACAGAAUGGAGCUAUGGACGUUAAUUUGACCGUCUACUCCAAUCCCCGCCAAGAGACUGGCCUAGCUGGACAUUCAGCGUACCAAUUUUCUGCUAAUACAGGUUCUACACAUUACAUGACUGAGGGACAUCUGACGAUGAGGCAAGGAGCUGACAGAGAAGAGUCCCCCAUGACAGGAGUUUGUGUGCAACAGAGUUCUGUAGCUAGCUCGUGACUAAAUUGAAACUUGAGUUUGUUUCUUGUGUGUUUUUAUAGAAGUGGUGUUUUUUUCCAAAAAACAAAGUGCAAAGCUGCUUGCAUCAGAAGGAGAUUAACACACUGAACCGCUACAAGAGGGCAAAGCUGACUUUUUUUUUUCUUUCUUUUUUUUUUUUUUUUUUUUAACUUGAAAAGAUUGCAAAGGGACAAUGAAGUUUUUCAAAGAGCCAUGUCCACAAACCCGUCGUCACGGAGAGCGCAGAGGUGUCCUCUUUUCGCCUCCCCCAUUUUAACUUGCCACACCCCAGCCGUAGUGGGUUUUUUUUGUCUUUUCUGUUCCACAGAAGUUAAUGUUCAGAUGUUGGUCUUGGUCAUUUGCCAACUAAUUUUAAAAUAAAAAGGCACUGCACAUAAUUUGCAUAAAGGGCCCCACGAGGGUGUUUUUUUUCCUUUUUGUUUUUUUCCUUUUUCCUCCCUUUACCCCCCUCCCCCCCCCCCCCCGUUUGUUUUGUUUUGGGUGGGGGGUGGGAAAUUUGGGUUUUUAAGUCCUCUAAACACACUUGGGCACGGAAACGCAGUACUGUAAGGAAGAGGGACCUCCAGCUGACACAAACAUCACCUUCAGCUGUAUGGAAGGGACGGUUGUUUUGGAGUUUGUUUGUAAGGCACAGUGAGCAUGCUAAGUGGCGGGGAUCAGAACUCUCCUGUCUGAACCUACUGAGGAGCAAAGCAGCAAUUACAUGGGAUCCCGUGGGUCUCCUGUUGGAGAGGCCACGGUAGAUAGUAAUGGAACGUGACUGGUCUCCUAACCGAGGUGCACUGAGAAGCGAUCAACGGGUCAGUCGUGGCCAGUCCUGGGGAGGUCUGAGUGGUGGUCUUUGGGAUAACCUUUGGCCUUAUGGAUUUGGACUCGAAAUUAGAAGAGCCUACCAUUUCAGAUGCAAUCACUUUUGGACAUGCUUUUGCAGACAGUCCUUAAUGCUGAAAACACAGAGAAUGGGUAAUUCAAGAGGCCUUUCUUUUAAAAUAGACUUUUGUGACCCACUAAUUGUAAGGUAUUGCAAGGUCACUUUGCGUGUGUCAUAAAGUUGACUUCCUUAUUGGUUGAAGGUCACAGAAGUAGUGGUUUGCUUUGAUGGAAAUAGCUACAGCUGUGUCCCUUCCUGCUUUUUACUUUUUUUGUUUUUUUUGUUUUUGUUUUUUUUUGUUUCGUUUUUGCUUUUUUUCUCGGCACGUGGUAUCUCCACCAUUUCUUCUGCACAAAGAUGUCUUCUGUUCAUCCUGAACAUUUUUAAAAAAUGCAGAAUUUUAUGUGACUGCUUUUUUGCCUCACAAUUAUGCUGUGAAUUUUACAAAAAUUUAUUUUCUUUUUUGAUAAUUUAUUGUACCAAAGCUGUUUUUAUAGCACAUAGAUGUCUGUAACCAAUAAUGUAGCAGUCCUGCACUUUGACACAAGGUGUAACUAGACCAUUUUUAAAUGUCAGUUGAAAAUUAUGGCUGUACUAUUGCUUAAACAAAACUGGAACUGUUGUUGAAUCCAUAGCCAAUACAUCUACAGCAAUCUGUGUUCUGAACAUAAUCGAUUGACAUCUAAUUCAAGAUGACAGCAUCUGUUACAUUCUAAAUGUGUUCAGGCUUCUGAAGGUAAAGGGACACUGGAUCCAGAAGCUAUGGAACCAGCAGUCGAUUCUUGUAUUCCUGAUUAACCUACUUGUAAACUUGAAAGCAAGACCUUGAUUGCACCAACAGGUCCAAAAUAUGAGCACGAGUAAAGCAAAACUCUCAUGCGUGACCUGAAGUGAACAGGCUGGUGUUUAACAGGUGCCUAGUUUUGAGAUUAUGCUGCCUUAAUGUAACACAGUCUGGCAGUUGCUAAAUUUGUGUUCCCAUUUUAAAUUGACCAAUUUUAGGGUGUUAUACUUUUGAGCGGUUGAAUUGGGAGAAUGAAGAUAAGUAAUUUAUCUGUCCAGGAUCAAAAGAAGCCUAGGAAAGAAGCAGUAAUCUACCUCUGCCGAUAACCCUGUUCAAAACAACUCAGCAGAACACCACAUUACUUUUUAUUGGUCAAUUCCAUGUGGCUGACGAGGUCAAUUUUUUCUGAACAAAAAGCAGGUUUUUAUAUGUAAACAGUGACAAAAAGAAAGGCUUAAAACUAUGUGAAUGUGAAUGGAAACUUGGAAAUACCGUUUUUAUAAUCCACAAAAUUUUUUUGUUGUUAAUCAGGAAAUCCAUAUUUAUUUUGUAAUUAAAUGUCAAGCCUGUGGAUGAUUUUUGAACUUGGUAGUUCAUAAAAGUUUACAGUGAAUAAAAGGAUAUCAUCUUGAGUAUAGCAAUAUCAAAAGGAAUCAGUAGUUACUGCUGUUUAGGACUAUAAGGGGAAGAUGUUAUAUGGGUCAGGUCAUUUUUUUCUGUGCUGGUUGCCACAUCUUAGCAAGCACCAAAAACGAAAGCAGUUUUUAAACCGCUAUUUACAUAAAGGAAAUCAUAAAAUCCAAUGCUUCUGCAUACUGUGUUAUGUUACAGUCCAGUUUUGUGUGCUUUACUACACGGUUUGGUUACAGGACUUCUGUGCAUUGUAAAACAUAAACAGCAUGGAAAAGGUUAAAUACCUGUGUGCAGAUUGUAAGAUCUGGUCCGGACUUGCUGUGUAUAUUGUAACGUUAAAUGAAAAAGAACCCCCCUUUGUAUCAUAGUCAUGCGGUCUUAUGUAUGAUAAACAGUUGAAUAAUUUGUCCUCAGA